CGCCAUCUUAUGUCACGUGCAUUCAUUGGAGGCCUUACGGAUAGCGUGUCAUCGUGGGGGCGAAACCCACAGCUUCACCGAAGUUGAAGCUGCCCGAAACAAAUCUCAACCCCUCGAAGGUGAUACAACGAAACCAGUUAUUGUCCUAUCUUCCUUUUUCCUUUUACAGUGGUGCAAGUGAAUCAACAAAAUACGCACUGACUCGAUACUCUAUCUAACCACAAUGCUGUCACGGCUCACCACCCUCUCGAGAUACCUCCUCUCUUCCGUCGUGCUACUUGGUGCCUUCUCGCGCUUCACGCAUGGCGAGUAUACCCCGGGAUGGUACGAAUUCCAGGAGUAUCAUGCCCCAGAUGACGGAUCCACUGUUGCAUUGAUCACUCCAAUUAUGGACGCAAUCGUUGGAGUCACGCUAUUAUUCGGGAAUAAGAUGUCUAAAUAUGCCGCCGCGGCUGUAAGCCUUAUGUUUUUCACCAUGGGACUGGCCAUGCAGGUACUGGCAGGCAAGGACUACAAGGGUGAUGUGGCGUUGGUCAUGCUUGCGGCGGUAGCGGUUGUGGGCUGUGUCCAGAAGUAGGAUGAAGAAGCAAUCUUAGAAUACGUAUGGCAGCUAUUGCAAGCUAUUAGUGGGUUUCUUUUGCUGUAUGGUUCGCACUACGCAAUCCAUCGAGAGUCCUCAACGUCAAGGAAGCCACAGAUAUUAAGCGGACAAUACGGCUUUACUGAACUGUUCUCGGGGAAGAGAGGAUGUAGAGAAAUGGAUCAUUCGAGAUACACUUCAUAUAUAUGGCCCUCGAGAAUCUGUACCUUAUUUCUUAUAAAACAUCAGCCUUAUCGA